AUGGGGUACGAUCGGAGGCACCGCGACUCUGACCAAGAAGAGCCGCUCGAGUAUCCACGCAUAGUCCAGGUACGCGACGCGACACACCCUAGUCUCGCCACUUUUCUCGGCAGAGUACUAACACGCCACAAGUUCCGGCUCGGCCGCAGCUGGAUCCACGCCGAUGCGAACUUAUUCCACGACUUGUAUCCACACGUCCUCCGCCUCACGAUUCGACCGCGUGCUUGGAACGGCCUUGUGAGGCGCUGUGCGGCCUGGCUGCCCGCACCCCUUCAGGCUCUCGUGAAGCGCUGCUGGCCAGGCGCGUUUCUGCCGCCGCGCGUCGUCUUAAAAAAGCUAUCCCGCCCGACCCUGUGCCGCACAGAGCUCUUUGACAACGAGAUCGCCAUGUACAAACAGCUGCAGGCCAUCCAGGGGCGCACUAUACCCCGAUUCUACGGCGAGGCAUCGUUCCGCGAGGACGACGGACAACAGAAACGGGCCAUUGUCUUAUCCGUCGUCGAGGGUGAGGUAGCCGAUCGCCAAACAAUGCCCAUCUCCCUAGACGAGUUUAAGCGGCGUCUAGGUGCUGCACACGCCGAAAUGCUCCACCAGGGCGUCUCCUACGACGACUUACAACCAAACAAUCUCGUCGUACAAAACGAGGGCAGCAGCGACCAGCGCGGUGGGCGGCUCGUCUUUUUAGACCUGGAAUUCGCCGAGCCCUGUCCGCCGGAGAAAGUCGAGCGCCGGGCCAAGAGCCUGAUUUCAGACUACUCCAGUUGGUACAGCUCGUACUUGGAAUUCUGGGAGACAGAAGAUCGGUCGCAGUUGCACCGAGAAGGCAAGUUCUCACCAAUACGAAGCGCAACGCGGGACUGA